AAAAAAAAAACUCUAAAACCCUAGUUUCAGUUUCUCCCUCUCUCUCUUCCUUACUUCUCUCACUCAAAAUCUCUGCAUUUGGUUUCAAAUCCGAAACCGUUUGAUUCGUUGUUUGCAGCAAUGAGACAUCAAUGGCGUCUUCGUCAUCUUCUUCUUCUUCGUUGUGCUGAUCAUCGCAUUUCCAAUCACUCUCAGCAGCUUCAGGUACUUCGCUCUUUCUCUUCUAUUCCUCGCUUCACCACAAAUUCCACAUACCCAUUGGGCCCCGCUAGUUUUCUCCGUCGUUUCUCUUCCGAGCCCGUUCUCGCACACGCCGACUCGGAUCACGUUGUCAUCGCCGACAUAUUCUCAAAACCUAGGGAUUUCGACUACGUCAAGAAGCACCUCGAUUCGAGUCACGUUUCGAUUAACCACGAUGCGGUUCUUGUUGUUCUGGGGAAGCUCGAUUCAAACCCUGACGUGGCACGGAGGUUCUUCAAUUGGGUUUUGGGAAACGACCCUGAGAGGUUGAGUUCCAAAUCAUACAACUUGAUGCUGCGCAUUUUGGGGACAAACGGCGUCGUUGGUGAGUUUUGGGACUUGGUUGGUGUCAUGAAGAAAAAGGGUUACGGUGUUUCCAAAGGUGUGAGAGAGAGUGUGUUGGAGUGUUUCGAAAAGGGUGGAAUGGAUGGCGAUGCGAUGCAGUUGAAGGCUUUGUUUGAUAAUGAUGAGAAGAAGAAUAUUUCAAUAGUGUGUAGGAUUGUUAGAAACAAUGUGUGGGGUGAUGAUAUUGAGAGGCAAAUUCGCGACUUGAAUGUUGGGUUCACUAGCCAAGUGGUUAAGUUGGUUUUGGAGAAUUUAUGUAAUGAGCCGAGUAAAGCGUUGAUAUUUUUCAGGUGGAUUGAGGAGAGUGGGUUGUUUAAGCAUGAUGGAGGCAGUUAUAAUGCCAUGGCGAGGGUAUUGGGAAGGGAAGACUCGAUAGAUAGGUUUUGGAAGCUUGUUGGUGAUAUGAGGAGUGCCGGGUUUGAGAUGGAGAUUGAGACAUUUGUUAAGGUGUUGGGGCGGUUUUGUAAGAGGAGAAUGAUUAAGGAUGCUGUUGAGCUUUAUGAAUUUGCUAUGGCCGGCACGAAUAAGCCUUCGCCGGAGUGCUGUUCCUUUCUGUUGAGAAAGGUUGCUGCUUCUAAGGAGUUGGAUAUGGGUUUGUUUUCAAGGGUUGUGAAGGUUUAUACUGGAAAUGGGAAUGUGUUGACUGAUUCUAUUGUUGAUGCUGUGCUCAAGUCUUUAACCAGUGUUGGUAGGAUUGGAGAGUGGGAUAAGGUUUUGAAAGAAAUGGAAGAUUGUGGCUUUGUUGCUAGUGGUAAUUUACGGAGUAAAGUUGCCUUUCGACUUAGUGCUGCUGGUAACAACGAUCAAGCUCAUGAGUUUGUGAAUAGAAUUGAAGCAUCUGGAUGUAAUCCAGAUCACGAGACAUGGUGUUCUUUAGUUAAGGGGUAUUGUGUGGCUGGGAACCUUGAUAAGGCUUUUGAUUCUUUUAAAGAGAUGGUUGAGAAAGAGGGGGUCACUUCUGCCAGCUAUACUUUUGAUUUGUUAAUGAAUUCAUAUUGCCAAAUGAAUAGGGCAAUAGAUGCAUGCAAGAUUCUUUGUCAAGUGGUGAAUGAAAAAGAGUUUAAGCCCAGGCAUUCUACUUACAAGCUGCUGGUAACUAAGUUAUUGGCUGAGGAAGAAUUAGCAGAUGCUUUAAAUAUUUUGGGUUUAAUGAGAGCCCAUGGAUUUCCACCUUUUACAGAUCCUUUUAUUGAACAUAUACCAAAGAGUGGAAGUGGUGAUGAUGCUAUUCUGUUUCUGAAGGCGAUCACUUCAAAGAGGUUUUCAUCUACAUCCAUGUUUCUCCUCAUGUUUGAUGCCUUUUUCAAGCAUGGACGGCAUGAAGAAGCACAAAAUUUUCUCUCCAAAUGUCCACGCUACAUCCGUAACCAUGCUGAUGUCUUGAAUCUCUUUUGUACCAUGAACUCUAAAGAAACUGCUUCUUCGGGUAUGUUGGCUGCUUAACUUUUCAGAAUAAAUCUCAUAUUGUACUCUUUUGAAAAAUGUACAAUGGCAUUUGUUCAGAAAUUUUGGUGAGAAUUUAUUCUUUUGUCCUUGAUCUUAAUUAUUGAUCUAAGAAGUUGAAUUCAAAUAAGCCAAAAAACCCCAAAGUUUUUGACAUUCUAUGAUUGUUUUUAUGCUAUUUGUGUUUCACAUGUACCGCAUUAGUCCUGUCUUCAACAUCAUUAUUGAUUGAAGGACAGCAAACGAAUGCUUUGGUUGGUGCUUGAUAUUAGUGGACUUUGUAGUUCUCUACGCAUUAGACUGUCUCAAUGUAAAUUGUAGAUUAAACUGAUGCUAUAAAUUUGCACGUACAAAAAACUCAAUUAUUUCUACAUUAGAUUUACCUCUCGAUGUGUCAGUGUUGUCGCCAAACUUUUAUGUGCAAAUCCACAUGUGGCACUGCACACUUCUCUAUUUCAGUGUUGUUCGAACAGCAUUAUCAGUAGAUUAUUGCCUUUAAUUUAUUAUGCAAGCUUCAUUUGUCUUGGACUGAACUAUUUUCGGAUGAGAUACUAAUGUUUCUAGUCUGAAUUACGGUAAUGUAACACGUUCCAAAGUUGUGGGUAAACGUGUUUAAUUGUUUCUAAGCUUGGGUUUUUGUCUUUCUUGACCAAUUUGCAUGGAUACAUGAGGAGCCAUAACCGGGUAGGUAUUUGACUGGAAUAUAGGACUGUUUGAACCAAGACAAUUGAAAAAUUUGUUGUGUGUUUUACUCUAUUAACAGCAACAACACUUUUAUCCCAAACUAAUUGGAGUGUGUUUUACUCUAUGGUUUAGUCAAUUUUCUAACAAUAUUGAAAUCAUGAAUGUUAAUGCUGUGUUUAAGAGUGGUUUAUACAUGGUUUAUUAAUGGAAUUUUAUUCUGGGCUGCAUUGAUCCUUAUUGCUCUUGUUCUUGGCCGUUCGUCACACUCUUCCACCUUAUGACAUGCACCUCUGAAUUGCCCAAGAUAUCUAAUAGUAUGUAGGGCAUGAUCGAUUUAACUUCCAAAUGGGCCUCAGCAUACAACUCCCAUUUCUGUUUUGAGCUGCUGCUGAUUUAUUGAAUGACAAUAUCAUGCCAAUGCGGAUUUGGUUAAUCUCACGUUACGUGAUCAGAGGAUGGCGAAGAAAAAAAUGUUACAUGGUCAAAGCUGUUUUACCAGGGUAAAUGAAAAAUUUCAAUUUAUAAAAUGGUGGAUGUGUGAGCACGAGUUUGAAUUCUUCCCUCAGCAAGGAAAAGAGUCAAAAGACGACUUUAACUUCAAACGAGGGAGAAAGCUAUUUCUUAUGUAAUUCACACUCAUUGGCCCAA